AUGGCGUCAACCUCCGACGUGCACGGUUCCUCUCCCGUUCCGACCAUGCCCCAGCCAAAUGACAACGGCCGCGCACACAUGUCCUCUCUUUCCUCAUCGUCUUCUAUUUCCGACGCAGAAAACGAACGUCGGGGUCGUUCCGAACGUCCUCGUAUGGCCAGCCGGAAACCCAGUGCCUCCAUACUAGUUCCACGAGACCACCCUGAGAUUGAAAUUGAAGAAGAAGAAUUCCCCCCGGAUGACGCACGCGCGAUGAGUCCUCGACGUAACUCUGCUGAUCUGGAGCGACUGGGAAAGGAGGCCAGACAGACCUUGCAGGAGCAAUAA